UCUCCAUUUUCUCUCUCUACACUUUCUCUCUCUUCUUCUUCUUCUUCUUCUUCUUCUUGAUUUCAGUUUUGAUUGAGGAAAUUUUUGAAUUCAGAAGAAAAUAUUAGUGGGUCUAGUUUCUUUUUUGGUGAAUUUUGGUGUUAUGAUUCUUCUAUGGAGUAAAACCCCGGAGUUUCAAUGACCGGCGGUAAUCCCAAACGAAAACUUGAAGAUUAUGCCGCCGAAGAAGACGCCGAGGUUUCAUCUGAGCUAUACUUAGUACCCUCCGCCGUCAGAAUGAGAAAAGACCAAUCUAACCUUACCUCUUUCACCGAUUCCCCUCAACGUCAUCAUCACAACAACAACAGCUCUGACUCAGCUUCUUCAUCGCCGUCACCGGUUCCGUCGUCAUCAUCGUUCAUCCAGUCAACUAGGUUUCUGGGUCGUCUUCAGUUUUUCGUCCGGUUGUUAUCCGGCGGCAACACUUUGGUUAUUCAAGCUGAGUCGACUGACUCAGUAAAAUCAAUUCAUGAGAAAAUCCAAUUCAUUACUGGAAUACCCAUAACUGAGCAGAGAUUAAUCUACAGAGGGAAACAGCUACAGUGGGAGCAAACGUUAGCCGGCUGCAACAUUCAAAAUGAUGCUGGACUGCAAUUGGUUGGACGAAUGCGAAGUACGGGGCAUCCACAAGCAUGGCAAUUGAUAAACGACUUGGUUUCUCAGAUUUUUGAUCUGUGUAAAAGCGGUAAUCCUCGCCCUUCGAGUCGUAUAAAGACGAGACUCAUUGAGUUUCUUACUAUGACACCUCGAAAUGCUCCUGAUAAAUCCGCUGAGCACCUUCAAAUUUUCCUCUCUUCGUGUGCCCCGGCAGCUUUGGUAAUGCUGUAUAUGUCUCAAGCUAAAGUGAACAAAGAUACUGCUGAUGAAUCCAUUCGUCAAUUUAUUAAUUCGAGUAAGACUGUUUUGCCUAAUCCUAUAUAUAUGCAAUGUGCUCCUAUAGUUUUAGAAUUCUGUAAGUUGCUUAGUGGGUCUGCUGGUGUUGAUGAUUCUUUAUAUGGUCUUUGUCGAAGUAGUUUAGGGGGUAUAGUAGAGUCCGUUGGGGUUACAAGUUGGGAGAGUAAUGGUAAAGAUGAAAUGGGAUUGAAAGACAUUUUCCCAUUUGUUCGCGAGUUAGCAGCUAAGCUAUCACAGGCUUUAGAAUCAAGUAUGGGAUCGGAUACCUUAAUGGGGCCGUCUUUGAGUGAUGUGCGUGAUUUUACUGCGUUUAUGCAUCCUAUCAGGAAUUUGAUAGGGGAUCAUGUAGCGAUUAGCAGUCCAAUCGCUUUCCCGUUGCAGGAGGAAGGCACCAGUGAGGAGGAAAGCGAAAUAUUUGAGAUGUUGUAUUACAGACAACAGAUUAAAUGUUUGCAUGAUAUUUGCUUUGAUUUACUGGAGAAAUUAGAGCUAUGUCUAAAGAAAAUGGAAGAAUCUUUAGCAUUGAAAGAGAAAGGAGAAGGUGAGCCUUUUGCACUCGGCUGGUCCCAGUAUCUUGCCAUUCUGAAGGAGAUAAAUGGUAUAUCAAAACUUUAUAAGGGCUUGGAGGAUGUAUUUUGGAAUAAAAUGAAGCAAAGAAAAGUUUCUUUGUGUUUCCUGAUUGUUAGAUUUGCUAAACGAUCUGAAGAUCAUCGGUGGAUUCUGGACCACAAGGAAGUGACUAAUUUUGAGUCGAGGAGGCAUUUGGCCAUGAUGAUGCUUCCAGAAGUGAAGGACGAGUACGAGGAGCUUCAUGAGAUGCUCAUUGACCGCUCUCAGUUGCUAUCAGAAUCUUUUGAGUACAUUGCACAUGCAGAUCCUGAGUCAUUACGUGGUGGCUUGUUUAUGGAGUUCAAGAAUGAAGAAGCUACAGGUCCUGGCGUCUUGAGGGAGUGGUUUUUCUUGGUAUGCCAAGCAAUCUUCAACCCUCAGAAUGCACUGUUUGUUGCUUGUCCAAAUGACCGCAGAAGGUUUUUUCCAAAUCCAGCGUCGAAGGUGGACCCAUUGCACCUUGAGUAUUUUAGCUUCUCUGGCAGGGUAAUUGCUUUGGCCUUAAUGCAUAAAAUACAAGUUGGCAUUGUCUUUGACCGCGUGUUCUUCUUACAAUUGUCGGGCAAGAGUAUUUCAUUAGAUGACAUAAGGGAUGCAGAUCCAUUCUUAUACAGCAGCUGCAAGCAGAUAUUGGAAAUGGAUCCGGAGAUGGUAGAUCAAGAUACUCUUGGUUUGACAUUUGUUCGUGAAGUUGAAGAGUUAGGAUCCAGGAAGGUUGUCGAGCUUUGCCCUAAUGGGAAAAGCACCAUGGUGAAUAGUAAAAAUAGGGAGCAGUAUGUUGAGCUUCUUAUUCAGCACCGCUUUGUCACAUCCAUUGCUGAGCAGGUAGCUCAUUUUGCUCAAGGUUUUGCUGACAUUAUAACUACCUUAAGGCUCCAGAAAUCCUUUUUCCAGAGCUUAGUUCUUGAAGAUCUUGACUGGAUGCUCCAUGGGAGUGAAACUGCUGUUUCUGUGGAAGACUGGAAAGCACAUACUGAUUAUAAUGGUUAUAAAGAAAGUGAUCCUCAAAUAGCUUGGUUCUGGAAGAUUGUUGGGUGCAUGUCAGCCGAGCAGAGAAAGGUUCUCCUCUUCUUUUGGACUUCAAUAAAAUAUCUUCCCGUAGAGGGUUUUGGAGGUUUGGCCUCUAGGCUUUACAUCUACAAAACCAGAGAGUCAAACGAUCGUUUGCCUUCUUCGCACACAUGCUUCUUCCGACUAUGCUUUCCUCCUUAUCCAUCCAUGGAUGUCAUGCAAGAUCGGCUUCACAUUAUCACCCAAGAGCAUGUCGGUUGCAGCUUUGGUACGUGGUGACAUCGUCGAUCUUUUUGGACCUGAAUCAAACUGCACAUAAGUUAUGUGAUCAACUUGUACAUAUGUAUAGUGUAUGCUCCUAUUUGGAACUUAACUUUGGUAAGGUUUUUCUAGUUGGUUUAAAUGGUGGAAGGUUGUAGUUUAUUCUCCCCCUAAUUUAACUCUUAUACAGGUAUAAUAUCUGUUAAUAAAAAAAGUAAGAAGGGUCAAGUUUUUUCUUUUAA